AUUCUCCACUUGCCGGAAGUGCCUUUUCUGGAGUACUGGGCAGUUCUUGCAGCUGGGCUUUCCGUUUCCCCGCGCGACCUUAGCAACAACAUGCUUCUGAUUCAGCCUGUCCACUUAGUUGUAAAAGUACAUUAAUCAGAACGACCUGGCAUCUUCCUGAGCAAGACUUCAUUAGGGCCCAGUAUGCUUUACUUCAUCCAGAAGUUUUCUCAAGCAUCUUCAAAGAUGCUGAAGUAUCCUUUCACAGUCAGACUAGGAUCCAGCAGGAGAACAGAAACUCUUUCUCUCAAGACAUGUCUCCAGGAGAACUUUUCACCUUUGGUUUUAAGGCCUUGGCCUUUCACAUCAUUUCCAGUGUGUGUGAACAAGACACAAUACUAUCAUACUUCUCCAUGCAGCUUUAAGAAGCAGAAGCAAGAAUUACUUCCAGCCAGGCCACCAAAAACUAUUACAUACCUGCCUGACAGCCCAAAGCCAGCAUUAUACGUGUCUCUGGCAGGACUAAUCCCCUUCCUUGCGCCACCACUGGUCAUGGUAAUGACAAAGACUUAUAUCCCCGUAUUAGCUUUUAGUCAGAUGGCUUAUGGAGCCAGUUUCCUGUCUUUCUUGGGAGGGAUCAGAUGGGGUUUUGUUCUCCCAGAAGGUAGUCCAGCCAAACCAGACUUCCUCAAUUUAGCUAGUAGUACAGCUCCUGUCAUGUUUUCAUGGGUUGCCUUCCUUAUUUCUGAAAGGCUCAGUGAAGCUGUAGUCACAGUAAUAAUAGGUUUGGGGAUAGCAUUACAUAAUGAAAUUUUCCUCUUGCCACACUAUCCCAACUGGUUCAAAGCCCUGAGGAUAGUAGUCACUUUAGUGGCCUUUUUAUCAUUUGUAUUCACUUUACUACUUAAAGAUAUUUAUCCAGAGAAGGACCCACGAGAUCUGGUCAAGUAGAAUAAAUAUAAAACUCUGUA